AUUCUCAAGAAGCCGCCUGGCUAUACCCACUAGUGUCCUUACUUUGUUUAGUUUAGAGCACGAACACGAGAAGAGCAUUGAAAAAUAUCACAAUUAAGUCAUUCAUAUAACUCCUAUAUAGAAAAAAGAAUCACAUGAUUAAAUAUUAUGGUUUAUACUUCACGAAAUAAUUGAAAUUUUACCAAAUAUUUCAGCAGAUCCCCAAACGUAAGCUGGCAAACAAACAAGACCCGACCUCCGAUCGGCGAUCAGUUACCGGGUACGUACGUAGGUACCCGUAGAUGGCAGUGUUCAAGACCCCGUUCAAAAUGGCGCUGUCCUUGCAGAAAAAAAUUCUGUCGUCGAUUUACGUAUGCCGUAAAUCAGUAGGUUUUUGUGGACUGAAAAUCAAACACGAAUGCAAGACUGGUGUUUCAGUGCCGAACAGUCAAUCAAUCUGUAGCAGUAGUAUACGGUAUGAUGAAUCAAGUUUGAAGAGUAACUCUGAGAUAUCCUGGGUGAGAAGGAUCCUUCAAGGUAGUGGACCCAGUGCUGAUGUAGAUGAGACUACACUAGAUGAUGAGGUGGUAGCGGUAGAACCAAGAUAUAUGGAGAUACUACAAGAAAAACAGACUAACUUCAUCUCUAGACCAGAGACGAGGAGAAAAAAUUAUUCUCCACCUCUUGAUGUUGAAGAUAGUCUUGAAGAAAUGACCCUUCAGCUUACGACUGAGACUGAUCCAGUCAACUGGAAGGAGGUCACCCUUGAUGAUAAUCUCCUCAAAUUUCAGCUUCUUUCCAAAUGUGGCCAGACGUUCCAACAUUCAAUCCCUAACUACCAAUUAAAGAAGAUGAAGACUGUUGAGGAUGUUCUCACCUUCUACCAGACUUCGUUAAAGGAUACUUCUGUCUUUGAUGAACUGAGUACCAAAGAACUCCCAGCAAAUCUACGAAUACAAUGGGACUACAAUGAUUCCAAACUGGAGGUUUAUGAAGAAUAUUUAGAAUAUGUAAAGAAGAAGAAACCAAGAAAGCCUUCUGAUUGGCCUUACAGACCAUCACAUUGAUUGAUCGAUUCGCUGGGACUCCAUUUUUUGACAAAGAGAAGUGUGUGGACUUGGUAAAUGAUACAAGAUUCUUGGAUGAUAUUUGAUGUAUAGAACUUCUAUUAUACAGUCACUCCAAAAUAUAAGUUCAAAGGAAACAGAAAUCAAAGCCUAGUACAUGCAUGGAUGUGUAUCUGGUUUACUUUCCAGUAGAUGAUUGAUGCUGGAUGCAUGUCAUUGAAUAUACCCAAAGAUGUUAUGGUAUACUGUCAGAAAAACUCAACUCUUAAAUCCUAGUGUGAAAUAAAUGACAAUUUAUCAUUAAAAAGAAAUGAAUGCCUUUGUAAACUUGAAUAUAUUCAAAACCUGUAUUAUAAAGUGGUAUUAUUUUAGAUACAAACAUCCAGUAAGCAGAAUACUUAAUCAUAUUGUAAAGUAUUAAGGUAUUUUGUGUAAUGAUUUUAAUUUUAUGUCUAUGUCUCCACCCACUGUAGGUGGUUGUUGGAGGCAUUGUUUGUUUCAUGCUGUCCAUCUAUCAGGUUUUCCUUCAAACUAAAGAACUGUAUUUGAUGAUGAUGAUGAUGCACAGCAUUUGUAUAGCGCCAUAUAUCUGUCAAAGACAUUCAAAGGUGCAUUUUCAGAGGAGCCAGCCAAUCUGGGUCGCCAAGAAGGGCACGCAAACAGAACUGUGACCCGCAGGUCUCUCCCGAUAUAACUGAUUGGGGGAAUGCAGGUGGACUACUACACUGGGGUUUCCCCCUACUCUUAUUUGAAUAGUGCAGUGGGUUCUUAAUGUGCAAAGGUGGGGACUCUCCUCUUCACGGGGCCUCCAUUAAACAUCCUAUCCAAGGGAAGAAGUGUUUUCCACUAUAACAGAGCCUGCAUCUAUGAAACAGGGGAGAGACGUUUAUAUACAACGCACUGGCUUCAGUCAUCCGCCAGGGUUGGACUCGAACCCACAAUCUUUUGUUCGACAGGCAGACACUUUACCGACUGAGCCAACUUCACUCUCGAUCUAUUUAUAGAUCGACUUCAAAUUUGGUUUGUGAUGCAUAACAGAACCAACAUGGUCUGACGAAAUUUGGGGUCAAAUGUCAUAGAGGUCAUGAUUCAGUGUAAUAAUAUUUAGGUCCAAUAUUUAAAUCAAUUAAAUAGAACUUGGCUAAUGAAUGGGGGUGACAAUCUGAUCAGAUCAGGAAUAUUUUUGAAACAUCAAGGAUAAUUGUGCAAUGUAUUUCAGAUCUGACAAUAGCAGAGGCAUAUGCACUAGGUUCUCUUUUCCUUUCAUUCUUCACUUUCUUUUUUUUUUUCAAAUAAACCACCAUUUAAUAACUUUCAAAUUCACUCUCAUUUAAAGGGGGAGUGAACUAUUUGUGGUCUCUCAUUGACUGUAUGUUAUGAAUACAUAGUCUUAAAAUAUUACAUUUUCAGAUGUCUACUAAUAAUACAGAGAAUAAAUUGACAUAUAUUUGUAUUUGUAUUCAGAAACUAAAAUGUUUUGAGAGGAAAAGUAAUUGUUUUGCUACUUAGUAACAUAAUUAUUGCGGAAUAAAUGUAUUGAGUAGUUAAUUGGCAUGUUAUCAUUCAAGUGGGUCUAUAUUGCUAGACUACACUAGCAUUAUGGGUCAGGAAAUGUGCCCAGGAUGAGUAGUUGAGGACUCAAGAUGGCGCUAUUAGUUCGUUUCUGCUUUAACAUAAUUCCUCCAAUUCAUCUGGAGAUGAUUGAACAUUUCAAAUGCCUGAAGUUUUCCCUUGCGCAGAUCAAUUCGAUGUAGUAAAUUUGUUUAUGACUUUUUGUAUCGAUAUAUGAAUGGUUCUAGCCAUAAAAAUAAAUGCACAUGCAUCAA